AUGGACGAAUCUAAUUUGGUUCCGAAAGCAGAGAGCCUUUUUGCUUCUAGUGUUUUAAUACCGAUGGGCAUUAAAAUUAACAAGCCAGCCGGUCUGACGAGGUUGAACGAGGUGAUCGAUGAAUUUAAUGAAACCUAUUUGGAAACGAUGGAUUUUCUGACUCAAAUUUUGCCCUUGGCCAGGGAGCAAUUUGGAAGGUAUGACACUUUGUGUUUUAUUUUUGAAUAAAUCCUCCGUUAAUAUGUGUUUGGUUUGUUUUAAUGUUAGAUUUGAUUAGCUAUUUUAGCAUAUAGGAUAUUUAUAAUGUUCAGUAAUGUUCUAAUUUAAUGAGUUACAGUUCUCGUGAAUAGUUUUGUAUGUUUAUGUAUAUUCUGUCAGAAUUCAUAUUGAACCGGGUUCAUUAUGGCGGAUAAAGACCUCCUUUACAAAUCUACAAGUACAUUAGAACUAGUACUAUUGCAAACUACUGUUUUCAACUCCGGAGCCCUGUUUUACAGCUCAAAUCUCCGGCUCUUGCUGUGUUGGUUGGGCAUAAACUCUAUAACCGGAUAAUGAUAGAUAUUAUCAGCCCUUGAAAACAUUCGGCAAUGCCGACCUAUCAACCUCCCAGGUUGGCAAAUUUUUUCCAACCUUAAUGAUAAUUGAGCCAAAGUCAGAAUUUUUUGGUGCUCAUGAUAGCUGUUAAAAUUAAGUCGGCGAUUAUAGAAUUCGAUUCGUAGUUCAAUUAACUGAACACCCUUCGGUGUAUUAGGUUUAGAAAUUAAUCCGUAUUGUACAUACAGGUGUCUGUAGAUCAAAUUUUGCACGUCUGGAAAUGAAAUUUGGCUUUUGAAUGUUACAGCUGGAGGUAACGUUCCAGUUAUAUUCCGAUUUCAAUGAUUUGUAACUGCGUGAUUACUAGUGCUCCAAGAUGUGGAAACAGAUUUUAAAAGAGACUGACGUUAGGUUUAGAUUUAGGUCAGAUUUUUUGCCACUUCAAUUUUGACGGUUUUCGAGGGCUGUAUUAUUCGGCUAAAUUUUGUCCCUGUGGCUUUUGUUAGUGAAUUAAUUGAAAGAAAUGCUCAAAUGCAGUGAUGGAAAUUAUGUAAACUUAUAAGGGGCCAUUCACAAAGGAUGUCCGAGCCGAGGGGGGGAGGGGGGUUUGGAAAAUCAGGACAAACUCGGACAUAGGGGGGGAGGGGGGGGUUUUUAGCAAUCCGGAUGUCCGAAAUUUAAAAAAAACAAAAACAAAUUUCUUUUUCCCUUUAUUUUGAGCAGUCCUUCCCAUUGUGAAAUUGGCAUUUUGACUAUGCAGUUAAUACUAGAUUUUGUUUUAAUUAGUAAUUUAUAUGUUUUUGUAUUCACAUUUAUAGUUAUAAAAAAGUUCUAAAAGUAAAAAAAGUUUUUUACUCUUGACAUAUACAUGGUUGCGUGAGUUUUUGCGAGGCAUGGCGGAUGUCCGGGGGGAGGGUCACUAAUUCGGACAAUGCCGGACAAGGGGGGGAGGGGGGUCUGAAAAUCCAUCAUUUGGCCGGACAUCCUUUGUGAAUGGCCCCUAAGCAAAACUUAGUUUGGAUUGCAGCUUGAAUUUCAACAGUUUAUUUUGUAACAAAAGAUCGUGAAUUUUGGGCUUUUAGUAACAAAUUCAGUUGAGUAUUUUCUGAGGGACUGACAAAGACUAGAGUAGAGAAACGAUGUAUCAUAAAUCAUAAUUCGAAAAUCUACGGUCUACGGACCUGAAAUCGUUUUUAAAACGAAACAAUUUGCAGUCAUUGAACAGGCAUGCAUACAUGUCAUGAGUCUCGAUCUCAUACAUAAAAAUUGACAUAUAUACUAAUAGUAAUAUAUAUACAGAAGUCUAAAUAAUGCUCCCAACAGUUUUCAAGUAUUACAGUAAUUUAUUUACAGCGUAAACUAAUUUAUAGAAUUUUCACGGAUUUUUAAACUGCCAUGGAUAAAAUAACCAAAUUAUUAUCUAUUGAUAUUUGACCUCGCCAUUUGACUGAUCAAAACAGUUUACCUUCGAAAAUCACUUGAGGUGGACACACCAAUAUUCCAAACUUCUCCAAAUUUUUUUAUAUCUAAGGUAAAUUUAUCAGGAAAUGUCAGUUUUAUGCCCCUAAGGCUAAGGUGCAGUGAUAACCAAUUUGUGCAGUUAUAAAUGAGAUUUGUGCAGUGGUAAAAUGGGAUAUUGUUCAGUACCAGAAAUUGGCGACAAAAUGGCCAUGCAUGCACUGCUUGUAUACUAAUUUGCAUAUAAUCCACAUACAAUGGCUUUCAGUUUUUACUGGGAAUAUACAGCCUAUAGGGUGAGAGCUCGGCUACUGUUUGCCGACCUCUUGAUCAAUAAAGUAUUCGUUUACUAAUGUCAGUCGGCGGCAUAUUUAUUCCGAUCGGGUACCUCUCCUAUAGCGGCCAAAUCGUGUUCAAGAAAAUCACUAUUAUGUCAUCUAUAGGGAAUCGUAGUAUGGGUAAACUGCUCAUUAGCGGUGAGUUUGGCUCAUUUGCCUGCGUAUAUAAUUAAUAUUAGUGACAUGCAUGCAUGGGGUAAAGUUUAAGUUGCGGAACCAGAGUACAUGCAUACACAAAUGCGGGGCAGUCAGAACGUUUUCUAAAAUGUUGCUAAAUUUAUAUAAAUUAUAUCAUUUUUUCGCGCAGUCAUAAAAUAUCCUUACAAUAAUCCCUGGUUUUAUGGGAGCGAAGUAAAAUAGGCUCUGUUGAUUGGGGUAGUUAGGACAAAGUUUAUCAUUUGAAAGUAAAUCCUAUAAAUUCAAUAACGCGCAUUUGACCAUUAUUUUUUGCUCUUAUUCGUAUGACAUUAUCCAGACAUACUGGAAUAUUUUUACUACUUUACAUAAUUUGGACAAGUCAAAAUAUUUCAUUUCGCCACCUUAAAUUAUUCUAAAAGACAAAUGGUUGGUUAUUUUGGUCCAUCGGAUAUCAGUGGAUUAUAAAAACAUAUGAUAGUCAUUUAACCCAGUACAAAACUCUGAAACGUCAGAUUAAAGCUAAUUUAGUCUUAGUAAGACCCUAUAAGACAUACUACAUCCUGUAUUUUUGAAUAAAAUGUUUUUAAAAAAGGUUUUUAAAAAAUUGCCAGUGUUCCAAGUGCAUGUCAACUGGUUAUAAAGACUACUAAUACUGGUCUGUUCUGUAUUUUUGUGCACUUGCACCUGCACUACACCUUUUCCACACUAUAGCUUUUAAAAAUCAGCUAAAAAUCGCGAAAUUUUAUUCGGGGGUUCGUUCAGGCUACAGUAUAUAUGUGCUAGAUGAUAAUGACAAGUGGUUGUUUGUAUUCAGAGCUUGAGACGUACAGUACAGUCGAAAAGAAAACACGAGAUUAUUAAGAUAAUUAUUUAAGUCAUACAUAAUUAAAUGAUAUUACAUAACUAAGUAUAGGAAAAACACCGAGGAGAGAUUUAUGUCAUAUAAUGCCCUACAGUGCCUCCUUCUCGGUGUUUAUUCUAUACUUAAAAACGGGUAUCUGAAUUUACUAGAAUAUUAAAUUUAAACUCUUGACCCUCGAAAUUAUAUGUUUAUGUAUAAGUUGUAUACCCCAUGCAGAUCUUUCAAAAUUGUUGUUAAAUUUGUUAUAACUUAUGGUUUUAAUAGAAAUAUAUUAAAAAUGCGGCCUAACUAGACUAAUUCACAAAUUCCAUUCUGUUUUUGCAAACCUGUUUCCAUAUACCAGUUCUUCUGCCUGGCACAAGUUAAUCCUGCAAGGCCUGGAUCGUGUUAGAAUAUAUUUAUAGAGAACCUUUACAAUAACCGUAUUUAUAGAGAGGUGUUCGUAAAGUUCUCGAUAUUAGGUAAAUCAAGUUUUGUAUUGUAGGUAGAGCAAGGUGACAAAAGUAAUGACUUUCUGUUUUAAUUUAUGUUAUUGUGUAUACAUUCCGGUAAUAUAUACUAUAGUAUAAAUCAAACUAUCCGAUAUAGCCUGAUAAAAUUCUGUCUUUUUUCAACAAUUACUGUUUCUGUCAUUCCCACAACUGGACAAAGCAUUCAUCGGCAGCUGAAACAACUACAAAAACUAAAUCAAUAAUGGUUAAAUACAUAACGUCUUCACCGUAUAUAGACCACCACGAAAAUGACAACAUAUCCGACAACUGCGCAAACCGUUAGACCCCCUUUACAACAGCAAGGUCAGGCUCUUAUCGUUUCUAUGGUUACCAGUCCAAGAUGCGGGACUGUAAAGUUGCGGUUCGCACUCCGAACUCCAAACAUAGCAAUUUCAGUUUGGACACUAAGUCAAGAAGAGUGAAGACUGAAUUGUAAUUCAAAGCUGUAAAGAAUUUUCAGAAUCAAGAGAUUUCGCAAUGAAAUUUGGUGCUGUUCUAAUUCUUGGUCUGGCGUAUCUUUUCUCACCAGCAGGUAAGGUGAUCAAGCAAAAGAUUAAUAAUGUAACCCGACCACUAGACUUUAUUAUCUUUCUGAGAAUAGAAAUUCGCAACAAAUGAAUGGAUUUUAUAUUUUAAACAGAAUCUUCUGUCGGGAGAGUGAUGUCGUUCGUGUAUUUAAUCCGAGUGUGAGAAUGUCACGUGUUCAACUCAGAGCGUUGUUGGCAAAAGCAGAUCUAGUUUCAGCUGGUUUUACGAAAACUGAAGAAACUCAGAUCGUCACGGGUGAAAAUGGUGAAAAGAUAACGAAGGAAGUCACCUACUACACCGUCCAAGACGCCUGCUCCAAUGUUUCAUACUGGGAGGAAAUAAUUCGCGAUCGUCUUCCAACGUUUUCUGCAAAAUUAACAAGGAAGGUUAUCGAUGAAGUAGAGGAACGCAUCAGUAAUCGUGCAACCGAGUAUUGUCGAUUUGGUCUCGAAAUUCACUUUCAACUCUGCAGCCACGCUGAGAAAAAAAAACCUGCAAAGCGCGUACUUCGGCGCGGACCACGUCUACCUCCACCAAUACAAACACAGCCAGCACCAGCACCACCAACAACGUGUACUCAUAUUUGUAUUUUUUGUUGGAAGGUUGCGAUCAAGUACAUGUCCGUGAACUUAUGA